UCCUCCUCAUGCAGGGGACCCCUCCCCCCUCCUAAACUCUGGCUGACUUCCCCGCUGCUGCGCCUUCUUUUCCUCACUUUGGCGCAAUGGUGGAGCGGAGAAUGAGCCCCGUGUGGAAGUGGGUGCUGGUGCUGUUCGCGCUCGCCUCGGUCAUCCUCAACAUCGGCCUGAUCGUCGUCCACUCGGGCCGGACCCCCAGAUGCGCCGCGCAGCGGGGCCGCGCGCUGUUGGCCGAGCACGACGCGCGCAGCGGCGUGUUCGCGGAUCUGAGCCCGGAGGAGUACCUGCAGGUCCAGAAGUACAUGCUGCGCCAGAAGGACUUGGACAUCAGCACCAAGCAGACCACCAAACCCUCGGAGAACUUCCUGUUUCUGAUCGACCUGCUCCUGCCCCCCAAAGCAGAAGUUCUGGCGUUCCUGGACGGGAACGGCCCUCAGCCAGAGAGGCGCGCCACGGUCGUGGUCUUCCACGGAUCGACGGGCUUCAUCAAGGAGUACGUGGUGGGACCCCUCCCCACGCCGACCUACCACCGGGAUGUGACCCGGGAGAAGUACGGGAUGGAGCUGCCUCUGACCAAGCGCACGGUGACGGUGGGGGAGUACGUGCUGAUGUUCCAGUUCUUUGAAACGGAAGUCUUCUCCAAGCUGCAGAAGGUCAUGGCGGAGAGCUUUGGCGUGGGGCCAAACCGAAAACUCAACGCCUUCGAGCAGAUGCCCCGCGGGGUCCAGUCCGGAGACAGAAAGACCUGGGUGUCGUUUUUCCGGGACAUGAGCGGGAUGUACAUCCACCCGGUGGGCUUCGAGGUGCUCCUGAACCACCAGGACCUGGACCCGUCCCGGUGGUCGGUGGAGCGCUUGCUGUACAACGGGGUCUACUUUGACUCCGUGGAGGAACUGAACCGCGCGUACGACGCGCGCAGCGUGGAGAGGAUCGUUCACAAGGAGGCUCCUGACUACGGCUCCCUGAAGCCGAGGCCCGGGGUGCCGCUGCAGGUCGGUCCGCAGCAGUUUUCCGAGGGGGGGAAGCGCUUCAGCGUCCGCGGGAACCACGUGGUUUACCUGGACUGGAGCUUCGCCUUCGGGCUGAGCGCGCUCACGGGCAUGCGCGUAUUCGACGUGCGCUUCCGCAGCGAGCGCAUCCUCUACGAGCUGAGCGUGCAGGAGGCCAUGUCGGUGUACGGUUCCGUGACUCCCGGCAUGAUCGUCACCAAGUUCCUGGACUCCAGCAUCGGCAUCGGCCGCUUCGCGCACGAGCUGGUGCGCGGCGUCGACUGUCCUUACGACGCCACGUACGUGGACUCGGUCCGGUACAUCGACACCCCCAGAGCCGUCCGGUUCCGGAACUCCAUCUGCGUCUUCGAGCACAACAUGGGCCAGCCUCUGCGGAGGCACUUCGCGGACUUCUUCCACCACAGCUACGGCGGGAUGGCCAACAGCGCGCUGGUGUUCCGGACCAUCACCGCCAUCGGGAACUACGACUACAUGUGGGACUUCAUCUUCUACCAGAGCGGCUCCGUGGAGGCGAAGGUCCACGCCACGGGGUACAUCUCCUCCUCCUACAUGGUGCACGGCAGCCGGAGGCACGGGCACCAGGUGGCGGAGAAGGUUCUGGGCAACAUCCACACCCACUUCAUCAACUUCAAGGUGGACCUGGACGUGGGUGGUGUGAAAAACAUGUUCCAGACCAAAGACAUGGAGUUCGUGAACGUGUCCCUGCCAUGGAUGCCUGAUCGCUCUGCCAUGGUUCCUCAGUUGGUGGAGAAGCAGCUCAAGACAGAGAAGGAGGCGGCCCUGCGCUAUGACACCAAGACGCCGCGUUACCUCCACAUUGCCAGCAAUGCAACCAACUCCUGGGGCCAUCAGCGGUCCUACAGACUGCAGGUGUUCAGUUUUGCAGGGGACCAUCUGCCAGAAAGCCAGGCUGAGGAAAGGUCCAUGUCCUGGGCCAGGUACAAGGUUGCCAUAACUAAACACAAAGACCAGGAGCAAACUAGCAGCAGUCUUUACAGUCAAAAUGAUAUGUGGACUCCAGCUGUGGACUUCAGCAAGUACAUUGAAGACGACGAAAACAUUGACAAUGAAGACUUGGUUGCCUGGGUGACCACUGGUUUUCUACACAUUCCUCAUGCUGAGGACAUUCCCAACACGGUAACAGUUGGUAAUGGCGGUGGGGUCCUGCUGCGGCCCCAUAACUACUUUAAUGAGGAUCCCUCUGUCCACUCUGGGGAUGCUGUGUACUUUGUCCCUGGAUCUGAAGAAAGCUGCGACAGCAACAGGAUGGCCUGCUUUGCUCAAGAGACCUGUGGACCAGUCUUAGAACCCUUCACCUACCACGGUUUUGACGGAGUCAUGAAAUUUGAGGAAUGGUCCUAAAUCAUUGCAAAAAAGUUUGUAAUAGCUGCAGAGAUGUGUUUUGGGGUUUUAUUGAGGCAGACAGAUGAGUUUUUCUAUUGCAUAACGUUUCAUUUUCAUUUGAAAAGUUGAUAAGUUUUCUUUUAUCAACUUGUGGAAGUAAUUGCUGCGUAUUUUGUGACAGUCUUGGUUUUACAUGCAAUAGUUACGUCAUCUAUCACAGCAAUCAUUUUAAAGUUUCAUAAUGGGAAUUUAAUGUUGAUGAAAAUGUUGUAUUUUUGAAAACACACUUUUUAAAAUGAAAACGUUUUGAUGUAAACAAUGUUUUGGAUAAUCCGGUAUACUGUGAGCCUAAAAUACUAACUUUUCCACAUGUAUUUUUUAUUUUAAAUACUUUUCACCAAUAAAAAAAACGUGCGAUAUCUA